AUGGUCGGGGUGCUCGUCCCGGAGAUGGUGGUGGCCGCGGUCGUCGAGGUUGUGCCAGAAGAAGGGGAGCUGGACGAAAUGGGGCCUUGGGUAGCCGAAGAAGGCUUCGAGAUCCUUAAUGGCGUCGAAGCGGUAGCAGUGGAGGUACCGACGAGAGUCGCCGCGGGAGACCCAGUCGAGGUGACACGGGAUGAAGUACUCCCCGGAAUUGGCUCCCCGUGGAGGCAAUACUGGUGGUACCCGACGACGCGAGACCGCCAGUGGAAGACGUACCGUGAGAUAGAUCGAGAAUAA